GAUUGACGGUAUUGGUAGCCAUGAUCGGUUGCUUGGCCCCUUCUCUUCGGUGGAGAUUUUUCAAGAUGGUUGGUUGCGUGACACCCUGCCAGCAGCCUCCUUUGCCCGGUCCUACUAUGACAGAGCGGACGUGCCUGCUGGCGCGUACUGCUACGUUGGGUCGGGGAGCCGACUGGCAGGUGACACGACAGCUGACUGGCAUGCUGAAGUACUUCGUUUCGGUGAGGCAGCACAUCCUGGUCCAGUUUGGCUGCCACAGGACAGUUUUGCCCUCGGCACUAUGAACCCGUCGGGCAUCCGUGGCAAGGAACAUCAAGUGCUCGACCUUCCUGCAGGAAUUUGGACAGUGGCAGAGACCCAUCUCAGCCUACCUCUGACAAAUACUGUUCUUGGGACUUUGCGACGAACAGCUCGAGCUUGUGACCGGGACUGUCGAUUCCUUGUUGGUGCGCCUGUUCCCUUGCGCACCUCUUCCAGCCUCGCCGGGACAUGGAGUGGAGUUAUGCAUAUUGCUGAUUGCCCCUCACGUUCAGUUCAAGCCCAGUGGCCGCAUGGGGAGUUCCAGUUAGGACGCGUGGCCCUGGCACAACAUUGGCUAGGCAGCUUAGGAGUGACGGGGGCAGCAAUCUAUGCCUGGUCGCCUGGCCCGACGUGGCCUGGUGCUAAGAAGCUCACCAAUCGUCUCUUUGAGACCCUGACUGAUGUUUUGAUCCACAGCCGACAGGGCUGCCGCUAUGUCAGUGGGGAUUUCAAUUUGACCCUGGACGAGAUUCCGAUCAUCGAGUAUUGGAAGAGUCUGGGCUGGAAAGAGGUGCAAGAGCUUGAUUGGAGCAUGAAUGGGGUGCCACCUCGCCCUACGUGCAAAGGCACCACCCAGAAGGACUUUGUGCUGGUUUCUCCAGAGCUUGCAGCGCUCUUCCACAGUGCAGAAGUCCUGCCGGUGUUUGCUGAUCAUGCAGCAGUAUUUGGACGAUUCAAGCUUCAAGCCCUCCAUCAGAAUCUGCAGAAGAAUGAUCAGAAUCCUAAUGCAAUGGCAUAUCGCCUUGAAUGUUGGAGCUCUAUUCUCCGUGGCAAAGGCUUUGUGGGAGGUUUUGUCCAGUGGUGGCCUACCCGACGCAUCAAAUUGCAGGGCUCUCCAACAUCUCUGGAAAUGCUGGUACCUUCAUCCACCUCUAUUGCACGAAUGUUUGAAGACUUCACUCUGAACUUCCGACAAUAUGAAUCGUGGAACUGCCGGAAGCAGCGGGAGAUUAGCCGAGCCCGUAUUCAGGCCUUCCGUCACCAGAUCUUCCAGAGGAUCCGUUCCAAGACAAAAGACUAUGUCGACACACUGGUGGAAAGUGCUGAUGCAGAGAUUCUUGCUGUAUCGGAACGGGGUGACCAAAUUCAACUUGAGAGACCCUUGGGCAAUACAAUUCAUGAUCACCUCUCCUGGUGGAUUGACGACUUCAAUGAAAUCAAGGUUGAGCAGAUCUCUGAAGAUUUGUACCAGGUGGUGGAUGCGGACUGUCUCAUUCAAGCGGGCCAACUCCUCACGUGCAAGAGCUAUUGCACUGAAGUUACUACGAUCCACAGAGCUUUGGGGGAGUUUUGGACACAACGAUGGAGCAAACAUGCCAACAUCCCUGCUUCUGACUGGAACCGCAUCUUGUCUUUUGGCCGAGCAUUUCUCCCGAGGAGGCCUAUGCCAUACCAACCACUUGAUCUGGUGACUUGGGAUGCAGCCAAUGCUCGCUAUACUGAUCGAUCGGCUCGGGGAGCAGACGGAUUCCAUCCUCAUGAUCUGGUGGUGAUGCCGCGCGCAUUCAAACUGGCCUUGCUUCAACUUUUGCAUUCGGUGGAAAACCAGGCGACUGCUUGGCCUCAACAGCUGCUGACGGGGUUCACGGCCUGCUUGGCUAAGACUGUAGAUGCUGCUGCGGUCUCACAGUUCCGCCCUCUGGUUAUCUUCCCGGCGAUAUACCGUAGCUGGGCCACAGCUAGGGCCAAACCACUGCUGGCCCACAUUGCAGAGCUGGCUACAGACACCCAAUUUGGCUUUAUGCCUGGCCGUGAAUGUCUAGAGAUCACCUUCAUGAUCCAAGCAUUGGUUGAACUCAUGGCGCUUAGCCAGAGCACUAUGCAAGGCCUGGUCACUGAUAUACAGAAAGCCUUUGAGAAUAUCCCUCGUUUUCCUGUGCUGCAGCUGGCCCGCCACAUUGGUGCGCCCAAACCGGUGCUCCAGGCCUGGGAGACAUUCAUGGAUACUAUGGAAAGGCGCUUCCAAGUUCGAGGUGACACCGGCCCGGCUCACACUUCGUCUGCAGGCGUACCGGAAGGGUGCGCGCUCUCCUGCGUGGCAAUGAGUGUCAUUGAUUUGGCCUUCCAUUAUUACAUGAAGUGCUUUGCCCCUCAGGUGAUUCCUCUGUCCUUUGUGGACAACUUAGGCUUGCUGGCAGUCCAAGUUGGCGACCUGUUCCGCAGUACGGUUAUUCUGCAGGAGUUCAUGGCUAUGUGGCAAUUGGACCUUGAUCAUCGCAAGACUUGGACCUGGUCCACUAGCAUGCAAGAUCACCAGGAGUUGCACAUGCUGGGCUAUGAAGUCAAGACACAUGCUUCCGACCUGGGAGCCCAGUUGAGCUAUACAGGCCGUCGACACAUUGAUCACGUGCAGGCACGCAUUGAUAGCCUACACAGUCUGUGGCCGCGGUUGCGCAGAAUGGAAGUGCAUGAUGAGCUAAAGCGUCAGUUGCUGGUGGCUGCAUUCUGGCCACGGGCUCUCCAUGGCACUGCACUAUGCCUACUUGGAGGUACACACCUCUCAUCAUUGCGUACGCAGGCCGUACGAGCUCUUGGUUAUGGAAGAGCAGGAGCUGCACCACUUCUUCGCAUGGCUCUUUCACCAAACCUGAAGAGUGACCCAGGCUUUUACCACCUCGUGUUGGUCCUGGACAGCUUCAGACGCAUAGCCGGCAAGCAAGAGCAACUAUUGACUCUCUGGCGGGAUCAUCACCGCUUGUAUCGAGGAGUGCUCAAAGCGGGCCCUUUCUCCAAGCUCUAUGAGGUGUUAUCACCGUUGUCCUGGACUCUGCUUGAGCCACCUUGGAUUCAACCACGUACAGGAGCAGCAUUUGACUUGUUGCAAAUCCCGGCCACAAUCCUGUACAGGAUGUUGGAGACAACAUGGAUGGAGGUAGUGAGUGCCUCGGUCCGCCAUCGAGCAGACUUCCGUGGAGUGAAUGAAAUUGAUCGUCCUACGCUGCUUCGGGCCCAAAAGGCGUUGACUCCCUUGGCUCUCAGCCAGGUGACGGCGUUGCAGGAAGGCGUCUUUCUCACAGGUCGACAGCAGAGCAAAUUUGACCGUCUUCAAUCAGGAAUGUGUCCUUGGUGUGAUGUGGUCGAUGAUCUGGAUCACAGGUGCACAGUUUGCCAACCGCUACAUGCCGCCCGAGCUAAACAUGUCAGGAUUUUGCAGGAAUGGCCGCAUUUGCCCGUGUCCUUGCGACAUCGUUUGCUGCCGGAGCGAUUUCCUGCCUGGGAUUCUUGGGUCCAGUCUCUUGGUGAGUUAGCUGUACCUCGGUUUGAUUUUGCAUUAGUUGCUGAUCCCAAUGUGCCUUGGACAGACAUAUUUACUGAUGGCUCCUGCCUUCGACCCGAGCAGCCGGAAUGCUCCUUGGCGGCCUGGGCAUGUGUCUCGGCAACUCAUGGUAAGUGUCUUGUUGCAGCACCGCUAUAUGGGCCGUGCCAGAACAUUGAUCGCAGCGAGACGAUGGCAUUGGUGGCCGCCGCAACUUGGGCUGCGAAGGAGGGUGCAGCCGUUGCGAUCUGGAGUGACAGUGCUUAUGCCACUACAGGCCUCACUAGGCUGCUGGCUCAUCCGGAGGCGGUCCCCUAUGACACCAACAGUGACCUCUGGUAUGAGCUUCAGGGUUUGCUUCAUGCUGGUGUGCGCUUGCAAUGUCAACAUGUGGCCGCACACCGCAACCUGCAAGACAGCAAGUCUCCGGUUGAUGAUUGGACACUUCACUGGAACAAUGCAGCAGACAAAGCGGCCAAAGCGGCCCACUGCAUGCGAGCACCUUCUGUCCUAGCUAUGUGGCGAAGCCUCUGUGCUCACCAAGACCGCAGCUUGCGCCUCCUGCUCGAUCUUCAGGCGCUACACACAGAGGUGGCUUCAGCACGCCAAGUCCUACUGAAGCAGCCGCUUGAUGAGGACGCUGUCCUGGCUGCCGACGCGGCAGAGGGCGGUGGUGAUCUUCAAGGCUUCAUUCCACCUCAGCGUGUCACAUCGCGGUGGACGUCGCUCGGCACGGUUCCGCUGCACGAGCGCCUCCUUCGUGGAGAUGCACUGGCGGAGACCGUCAUUGCGGUGAUGAUGGGACAGGUGCGAAAUUGA